GCGGGAGGCGGCGGCCGCGGCGGCGGGAGGCGGCGGGAGGCGGGCGGAGGAGGAGGCAGAGGAGGCGGGAGCUGAGCUGAGUGGGGCGGGCGGCGGCGGGGCCCGAGCCCGAGAAGAUGGCGGUGCGGAAGAAGGACGGCGGCCCCAACGUGAAGUAUUAUGAGGCCGCGGACACCGUGACCCAGUUCGACAACGUGCGGCUGUGGCUCGGCAAGAACUAUAAGAAGUAUAUACAAGCUGAACCACCCACCAACAAGUCCCUGUCUAGCCUUGUUGUACAGUUGCUACAAUUUCAGGAAGAAGUUUUUGGCAAACAUGUCAGCAAUGCACCGCUCACUAAACUGCCGAUAAAAUGUUUCCUAGAUUUCAAAGCUGGGGGCUCCUUGUGCCACAUUCUUGCAGCUGCCUACAAAUUCAAGAGUGACCAGGGAUGGCGGCGUUACGAUUUCCAGAAUCCGUCACGCAUGGACCGCAAUGUGGAAAUGUUUAUGACCAUUGAGAAGUCCUUGGUGCAGAAUAAUUGCUUGUCUCGACCUAACAUUUUUCUGUGCCCAGAAAUUGAGCCCAAACUACUAGGGAAAUUAAAGGACAUUAUCAAGAGACACCAGGGAACAGUCACUGAGGAUAAGAACAAUGCCUCCCAUGUUGUGUAUCCUGUCCCGGGGAAUCUAGAAGAAGAGGAAUGGGUACGACCAGUCAUGAAGAGGGAUAAGCAGGUUCUUCUGCACUGGGGCUACUAUCCUGACAGUUAUGACACAUGGAUCCCAGCGAGUGAAAUUGAAGCAUCUGUGGAAGAUGCUCCAACUCCUGAGAAACCUAGGAAGGUUCAUGCAAAGUGGAUCCUGGACACUGACACCUUCAAUGAAUGGAUGAAUGAGGAAGACUAUGAAGUAAAUGAUGACAAAAACCCUGUCUCCCGCCGAAAGAAGAUUUCAGCCAAGACAUUGACAGAUGAGGUGAACAGCCCAGAUUCAGAUCGACGGGACAAGAAGGGGGGAAACUAUAAGAAGAGGAAGCGCUCCCCCUCUCCUUCACCAACCCCAGAAGCAAAGAAGAAAAAUGCUAAGAAAGGUCCCUCAACACCUUACACUAAGUCAAAGCGUGGUCACAGAGAAGAGGAGCAAGAAGACCUGACAAAGGACAUGGACGAGCCCUCACCAGUCCCCAAUGUAGAAGAGGUGACACUUCCCAAAACAGUCAACACAAAGAAAGACUCAGAGUCAGCCCCAGUCAAAGGCGGCACCAUGACUGACCUGGAUGAACAGGAAGAUGAAAGCAUGGAGACGACGGGCAAGGAUGAGGAUGAGAACAGUACAGGGAACAAGGGGGAGCAGACCAAGAAUCCAGAUCUGCAUGAGGACAACGUGACGGAACAGACCCACCACAUCAUCAUUCCCAGCUAUGCAGCCUGGUUCGACUACAAUAGCGUUCAUGCCAUUGAGCGGAGGGCUCUUCCUGAGUUCUUCAACGGCAAGAACAAGUCCAAGACUCCAGAGAUCUACCUGGCCUAUCGAAACUUUAUGAUUGACACUUACCGACUGAACCCCCAAGAGUAUCUUACCUCUACUGCCUGCCGCCGAAAUCUGGCAGGUGAUGUCUGUGCCAUCAUGAGGGUCCAUGCCUUCCUAGAACAAUGGGGUCUUAUUAACUAUCAGGUGGAUGCUGAGAGUCGACCAACCCCAAUGGGGCCUCCGCCUACCUCUCACUUCCAUGUCUUGGCUGACACACCAUCAGGGCUGGUGCCUCUGCAGCCCAAGACCCCGCAGGGCCGCCAGGUUGAUGCUGAUACCAAGGCUGGGCGAAAGGGCAAAGAGCUGGAUGACCUGGUGCCAGAGACGGCUAAGGGCAAGCCAGAGCUGCAGACCUCUGCUUCCCAACAAAUGCUCAACUUUCCCGACAAAGGCAAAGAGAAACCAACAGACAUGCAAAACUUUGGGCUGCGCACAGACAUGUACACAAAAAAGAAUGUCCCCUCCAAGAGCAAAGCUGCAGCCAGUGCCACUCGUGAGUGGACAGAACAGGAAACCCUGCUUCUCCUGGAGGCACUGGAAAUGUACAAAGAUGACUGGAACAAAGUGUCCGAGCAUGUGGGAAGCCGCACACAGGACGAGUGCAUCUUGCAUUUUCUUCGUCUUCCCAUUGAAGACCCAUACCUGGAGGACUCAGAGGCCUCCCUAGGCCCCCUGGCCUACCAACCCAUCCCCUUCAGUCAGUCGGGCAACCCUGUUAUGAGCACUGUUGCCUUCCUGGCCUCUGUCGUCGAUCCCCGAGUCGCCUCUGCUGCUGCAAAGUCAGCCCUAGAGGAGUUCUCCAAAAUGAAGGAAGAGGUACCCACGGCCUUGGUGGAGGCUCAUGUUCGGAAAGUGGAAGAAGCAGCCAAAGUAACAGGCAAGGCGGACCCCGCCUUUGGUCUGGAAAGCAGUGGCAUUGCAGGAACCACCUCUGAUGAGCCUGAGCGGAUUGAGGAGAGUGGGAAUGACGAGGCUCGGGUGGAAGGCCAGGCCACAGAUGAGAAGAAGGAGCCCAAGGAACCCCGAGAAGGAGGGGGUGCUAUAGAGGAGGAAGCAAAGGAGAAAACCAGUGAGGCUCCCAAGAAGGAUGAAGAGAAAGGGAAAGAAGGUGACAGCGAGAAGGAGUCUGAGAAGAGUGAUGGAGACCCAAUAGUUGAUCCUGAGAAGGAGAAGGAGCCAAAAGAAGGGCAGGAGGAAGUGCUGAAGGAAGUGGUGGAGUCUGAGGGGGAAAGGAAGACAAAGGUGGAGCGGGACAUUGGCGAGGGCAACCUCUCCACCGCCGCUGCCGCCGCCCUGGCCGCUGCCGCAGUGAAAGCCAAGCACUUGGCUGCAGUUGAGGAAAGGAAGAUCAAAUCUUUGGUGGCCCUGCUGGUGGAGACCCAGAUGAAAAAGUUGGAGAUCAAACUUCGGCACUUUGAGGAGCUGGAGACUAUCAUGGACCGGGAGCGAGAAGCACUGGAGUAUCAGAGGCAGCAGCUCCUGGCCGACAGACAAGCCUUCCACAUGGAGCAGCUGAAGUAUGCGGAGAUGAGGGCCCGGCAGCAGCACUUCCAACAGAUGCAUCAACAGCAGCAGCAGCCACCGCCAGCCCUACCCCCAGGCUCCCAGCCUAUCCCCCCAACGGGGGCUGCUGGGCCACCCGCAGUCCAUGGCUUGGCUGUGGCUCCAGCCUCUGUAGUCCCUGCUCCUGCUGGCAGUGGGGCCCCUCCAGGAAGCUUGGGCCCUUCUGAACAGAUUGGGCAGGCAGGGUCAAUUGCAGGGCCACAGCAGCAGCAACCAGCUGGAGCCCCCCAGCCUGGGGCAGUCCCACCAGGGGUUCCCCCCCCUGGACCCCAUGGCCCCUCACCGUUCCCCAACCAACAAACUCCUCCCUCAAUGAUGCCAGGGGCAGUGCCAGGCAGCGGGCACCCAGGCGUGGCGGGUAAUGCUCCUUUGGGUUUGCCUUUUGGCAUGCCGCCUCCUCCUCCUCCUCCUGCUCCAUCCAUCAUCCCAUUUGGUAGUCUAGCUGACUCCAUCAGUAUUAACCUUCCCCCUCCUCCUAACCUGCAUGGGCAUCACCACCAUCUCCCGUUCGCCCCGGGCACUCUCCCCCCACCUAACCUGCCUGUGUCCAUGGCGAACCCUCUACAUCCUAACCUGCCGGCGACCACCACCAUGCCAUCUUCCUUGCCUCUCGGGCCGGGGCUCGGAUCCGCCGCAGCCCAAAGCCCUGCCAUUGUGGCAGCUGUUCAGGGCAACCUCCUGCCCAGUGCCAGCCCACUGCCAGACCCAGGCACCCCCCUGCCUCCAGACCCCACAGCCCCGAGCCCAGGCACGGUCACCCCUGUGCCACCUCCACAGUGAGGAGCCAGCCAGACAUCUCUUCCCCUCACCCCCUCUGGAGAUCAUGGUUCCAGGAACAGCCCUUCCCCAUCCACUGGGACCCUCCCCAGCCCGGAGAGUACAUCACUACGUAAGGAAAGCUCCUUCCGCCCCUCCAAAGCCCUCACCAUGCCUAACAGAGGCGUGCAUUUUUAUAUCGGAUUAUUCAAGGACUUCUGUUUAAAAGAUAUUUCUAACGUCUGGGAGAGAGGAUAGGAUGGGAAUGCUGCCCUAAAGGAAGGGCUGGUGAAAGGUGUUUAUACAAGGUUCUCAUUAACCACUUCUAAGGGUACACCUCCCUCAAAACUACUCCAUUUUCUAUGGAUUAAAAAAAAAAUAAAUCCCUUUAAAAGGAAGUAGAUUUUAAAAAGCCACAUUGGAGCUCCCUUCUACCCACUGAAAAAUAACCAACUUUUACAUUUUUUGAGGGGGAGUGAGUUUUAGGAAAGGGGAAUUAAGGUUCCAGGGAGAGCUCUGGGGAUAGAACAGGGUGCAGAAUCCAUCUCUUCCCCUUUUUAGUGACUGCAUCAAGGCCCCAGCUCCCCUCCCCCAUCCCACUCUACACUUAUUCAAGUUUAUUCGAGUUUAAUUGUACUAAUAACCCCUCCUUCGGGCUUCCUCACUGUUGCUCUUUUAGGCUACCCCAGCUCAGCCAGUGAUUCCUUUCCCUCUGAAUGUCAGUUUUGUUUUGUUUUUAAAAGUCACCUGCUUAGUUGAUGUCAGCGUAUGUGUAUUUGGUGGGGAAAACCUAAUUUCGGGGAUUCCUGUGGUAGGUAAUAGGAGAAGAAAGAGCACUGGGGGCUGUUCUCCCCUCCCUGGGCUGUAUCCAUGGACUGCUGGAAGGUGCAGAGAAGGGAGCUGUAAGAGGAUGGGAAGUUUUAAAACCCAAAAUUGUUUUUUAAAGCACUUAAGCACCUCCUUAUUAUGACUUGGUGGGUCACCCCUGAGCCGCCUCCCUCUCCCACCACGACUGUGAGAACUUCAGCUAAUAGCUGGGGGCUCCCCAGAUGAGGAUGCAGGGAUUUGGGAGCAGUCGAAGAGGGUCCCCAACCUUGGGUUGGACCAACCCUUGGCUCGAAGCUCAAUUCUGCUUCCUGCAUUCCUGCUUCACGUCCCAGCUCCUCCCCAGUGACUGAAAAGCAGGUGUGACUCCACGCUCUGCACUGGUUCUUCUUGGGUCUCCCACCAAGCCCUUUGUUCCUCAUGUCCCCGUGUUGCUCUCACUUUGCGUCUUAGCACCUUUCUUCUGUUCAAAGUUUUCUGUACAUUUUCUUUUUUCUUUCCUUUUUUUUUUUUUUUUUUUUUAUAAAUUAAUUUGCUUUCAGUUUCA